AUCCGAGAGGUAUAAUUAUCGUCAAACUUGACAUCAAAAUGGUGCACUUGACCAGAGCAUCGCUUUGCAAAGACGAGAAGCCGCCCAAGAAAAAUCCCAACGACUUCCUGAAAAACCGCCGAACAUGCGACGGUAUCGGUGAACGGGGACCUUGUUCUUCUGGACAUCGGGUGGGCCCUGCGCCAAAGGGGGGUCCUAUAAAUACACGCCGUAAAGCUCAUCCACACAUACACCACACAACAGUCCUUUCAGGAGGUUGCAAUUAGUUCGGUAACAUGCAAGUUUUGAUUUUAGUAAGUUGCGUAAUUGCCGCGGCUUCGGCCACCUGGGCUCCAUGGACCCAGCACAUCCCAGUCAUCGGCCCACAGGGCGUACCAUUGGACACCCCUGAAGUCCAAGCCGCCAAAGUUCAACACGCUGCUGCCCACAUCGAAGCCCGCACCGGACUUCCAUUGGUCCACGCUUACGGAGUACCUGCUUGGGGAGUGCCUGCUGUAGCCCAUAACGGUCUUCCUUUGGACACCCCCGAAGUGGCCCAGGCUAAACUUCAACACUACCACGACUACGCCGUAGCUGCCCGAAAGAAUGGGGUAAUUGUUGCUCCAGUGGCUCCAGUCUUGGCUUUGGGAGCCCACCCGAUUGACACCCCUGAAGUACAGUUGGCUAAAGCCGCCCACUUCGCCGCCCAUGCCGAAGCCUACGCCAGAAACGGACUUCACUACCGCAAAAGACGUUCCGUGUACGCAUACCAACAUGUCCCGGUUAUAGGACCCAACGGAGUCCCAGUGGACACCCCUGAGGUACAACACGCCAGAGCCGCCCACUUGGCCGCCCUCAACGAGGCUUCCGCUCGCGCCGGUGUAGCCGCCCCAGCCUACUGGGGAUCCCAAUGGUCCCACACCUACCCAGCUUUGGCUGCUGACGGUCAGCCCAUUGAAACCCCGGAAGUGCAAGCGUUGAAAGCCCAACACUAUGCCGCCCAUGCCGAGGCUUCCGUCCGCAACGGUGCCUGGUCUCCAUGGGCUUACGCCGCCCCAUGGUCUCACGUAUCCCUCGUACCAGGUCUUAACGUACCAGUCGAUACCCCCGAAGUCCAGCACGCUAGAGCCGCCCAUUUGGCAGCCCACGCCGCCGCCCACCAUUAACAACUUACUGUCGAUAAAAAGAAAUUUUUAAUUAAUUUCUUUUGAUAAUUGCUAAAUUCAUUACUGCCUUUUGGAUUUUUUAAUAAGACAAGGACUCUUUCGAAUUAUUUUGUAGUUUUCAAGAGUCCAUCAUCUUUUUAACUAGCCAUAUGUAUAAUUGCGUAAUAUUACGUUUACACUUUUUAUACUUAAUGUAAAUACAUAUUGUAAACUCGAAUGCCAAAAUAAAAGUGCAAUAAAAA